GCGAUAUCCCGCGCAGGAUGGCUGCACAACCCGGAAUUCUGGGCGAACCAGAAGGAGGCACAGGAGGGCGACCCGUGCGAAGUCCUGGAGGAGGAGCACGUCUUCUCGCUGGCCGACUUCGAGCUCGGGUCAGUCAUCGACAAGGGCUGCAGCGCCGUCGUCUACGCGGCCAGGUGGAAUUUGGAUACAACAGAAGAUAAUGACCCUGCCUGCCCACCUACAAAGAGACAAAAAUCAGAAUCUCCACUCACUCCAAGCAAAAAUGGUAGCGAACCAGAUGAGGGGGAGACUUCCUUGUCUCAUGAAAAAGAAGAGGCUCAAACUCCUGGAGAGCUGACUAUCCCAAGAGACUCGCCAAGACAAGUUGAAUCUGACAAAGAUAUGAGAGUUGAUGAGGACCAUUCAGCUUCCUCCACCGAUAUUAGUCCAAAUCGGAAGAUGAGGAGAGUGAAAUUCAAGGAGAGGAAUGAUGAGAAUGAGAGCCUUCUAAAGAGGUCGCAGCCGAUGUCCCAGGGAGCAGUUGCUAAAGCAAGCACUGAACAUCUUAACAAAGAUUCUAAUACUGAGGACACAGUCAGUUUGGAGAAGUAUCCUCUGGCCAUUAAGAUGAUGUUCAACUAUGAAGCAGAGUCCAAUGCACCAGCUAUCCUCAGAGCUAUGUACAAGGAGAUGCUUCCUGCCCGCAGUUUGCAACUGGAUGAAGCACAGCUGGAGUGGCAAGAAAGGUUCUGCAGCAAACAGUUACGACUGCCAACACAUCACAACAUUGUAGACAUGCCUUGUGUCUUUGUUGAUCGCAUUCCUUUUCUGGAGGACUCGAUGCAGUUAUAUCCUGAUGCUCUUCCCAUGCGAUUAAACCCAAGAGGUUCUGGCAGAAAUAUGAGUCUCUUUUGUGUCAUGAAGAGAUACAACAUGAGUUUGAGGGAAUAUGUCAGACAGUAUGAGAUCCCAAGGCGCACUUCGCUUCUGUUGCUUACCCAGCUGCUUGAGGCAGUGCUGCAUAUCAGUAAGCACAAUGUGGCCCACAGGGACCUGAAAUCGGACAACAUCCUUCUGUCUCUAGCUGAGGGAUGGCAAUACCCUCAUUUAGUGCUGACAGAUUUUGGAUGCAGUGUUGUGACUGAAGACACAAGUAUGACCGUUCCUUUUCCGUCUCGAGAAGUUGAUCCCAGACAGGGCAAUAGUGCACUCAUGGCUCCUGAGGUGAAAACAGCAAUUCCAGGAUUUCUGCGGCCUGUAAACUACUCCCAUGCAGAUUUGUGGGCUGUUGGUGCUCUGGCUUAUGAAAUGUAUGCUAUGGAGAACCCUUUUUGUCACAUCCAUCCCAGCACAGGAAACAAGCAGCAACCUUUAGACUCCUUUAAUUACAAGGAAUCCCAGUUGCCACGGUUGCCCAAGAGUGUGCCUCCAGCUGUCAGGCAUCUCAUUCAUGACCUCCUUCGCCGAAACCCUCGAAAUCGGCCAAGUGCCAAUGUGGCAGCCACACUCUGUCAGUUAAUUCUUUGGGCUCCAAGCAAAUGGCUGAGUCGGCAUUCCCUAACUCUUCCAUCACAAACUGAGAUUAUGCAGUG